UGGGGAACUCCGUCGUCAGAAUCUAACGAAGUUUGCUUAGGCCUUUGCAGUUCCAGUGUAUUGAUAGUUUUACUAUCUCAGUUCUUGGUUGAAUUCCAGAGAUUCUUUUCUUUUAAUUUUGGAAAAACAUGGCGAAGUCGAAGAACCAUACCGAUCAUAAUCAAAAUAGGAAAGACCAUCGAAAUGGGAUUCACAGGCCGAAAACUGAGCGUUUUAUGUCCAAACAAGGAGUGGAUCCCAAGUUUCUCCGAAACCUUCGCUUUGUGCGAAGAGCCAACCUUAAAGCCCACGUGAAACAUCUCAAGCAGAAACGCGCCACUCUUUUGGAAGCAAUCAAUACCAAGAAAGUCGCAGCAAAAUAGAUUUUGGCUUUUCGGUUAUGUUUUGUAACCUUAAAAAUUAAAAUCAAUUAAAUCACGCCACCUGAUCGAAAGUUAUCAUCGUAAUAGGUUAUGGUAAAAUAAAAAGUGGAAAUUG